UGGAGGAACGGCAAGAUGGAGGUGAUGCCUGGGGGAACUACAACAAGAGGCUGGGUGAAAGACAUGCGCACCGCCAGGGACCGCCACGAACAAAACGUUCAUUUGGUGCGGGAUGGGGACAGAGUGCUCGUUCGCACCAUGAAGCACAUCCAAGCUGGAGAGGCUCUGUGUUUGUGGUACAGUGACGAGUUGGCCCUGGAAGUCGGGGUUCCCAUCCUCACGCCUUCGAAUAUCCGUGGAUACCAGGACUACGAGUGCACACACUGCCGCGCUGUGUUCCGACAUCCCAACACACUCAAGUCCCACAUGAUGCACCGCUGCCUCACGUCCACAGUUGUCCUCACACAGCCCAGCACGCCCCUGGUCCCGUUCCAACUCCUGUUACAAACAAUCAGCCGACCGGCCCCAGAGUCUCUCGCUAGUGACGCCGCUUCACACAGCGGACCUCUCCCCGCUCACGACACUCAGCCUCAAAGGACAAAAUCUGCAGGUCUAUUGACAAACGCCACAAAACGUGCCGCAAACGACUCAGAAGCUGAAGAGGAAUAUUCGCAUAAAUCUGCUUUCAAAGCACCAUCAUCGCGAUUGCAGCAGAAAGAUUCCGUCUCCGACGAGGGGUUGAUGACCCCCGACUCCUCCACGGACAAACAAGCUGCCGUUCUCAACCUGUCUCUCAGAAACGGACUCAUGAAUGCCGCUGGAAUGUCCGUCCCCAACAGCAACGGUUAUGUCCAGCACUGGGGCGCAAUGGCCGCCCAGCAAAAUGCUUUUCUCGCCCGAAGGUUCCACGUCCCCUACAACUAUAACCCACACGUACAGCCUUAUUUCCCUCUCCAGCCACACUUCCACAACUUCGGCUUGCAAUUUCUCCAAUACGCUCGUCCUCCACAGCCCCGCUGCGAAGUCAGCUCACUAGGACCACUUUUAGAAACCGCAAAUUGUAAUGACGUCAUGCCCCUCCUCCCAACUCCCAGAGAGAGCAAAUCGGAAGUCGUACCUCAAAGAGCGCCCAGACCUUGUCCUCCCCCUUCCUUGUCCCCCUCGACGAGACAAACACGAUCAGUCAACCCUUACGGCAUCAACUUGCCCUCAGACAAAGAGCCUCUAGAUCUGCUACCACAAGCCUAUUUCGCCAACAAAUCAAAGCGUGGCCACCUUUGUUUGUAUUGCGGAAAACUUUACUCUCGUAAAUACGGCUUGAAAAUCCACAUGAGGACCCAUAACGGCUACAAACCACUCAAGUGUAAAAUCUGCUCCCGGCCUUUCGGAGAUCCGAGCAAUCUAAACAAGCACGUGCGCUUGCACGCGCAAGGUGACACCCCCUAUCGCUGUGACUAUUGUGGCAAGGUUCUGGUGAGGCGGCGAGACUUGGAGAGACAUGUGAAAUCACGGCACCCUAUGGGAAACCUCCAGACUGCCGACGAUUUGGCCAGGCGGCAGGAAGGAGAAGAAGGAGGAGAAGAGGAAGAGGAGGAACUAUCUCUUGACUCCAGUUCCGUUAGCGUCGACAGCCACGAGGAAGACGAGGAGUCUGUUAAUAUAACCGAGCCGAUCACCCCAUGAUGACAGAGAACCAUUAGCGUGUUAUGUUUCCCAGCAACUGCUACCAGACACCGCUUUUUCAAACGGUGUUUUUAUUUAUUUAUUUAUUUAUUUAUUAUAUACAGUAAAAAUAGAAGUUUUAAGAAAUCCUGGACCCGCGUCUGUGGUUUAGCGGUUAAGCAAUUUGCAUGAGAACCAAGUUCAAUUCCCGAGUGUCGAUAAAUUUAUUUUUUUCAAAUCAAGAACCAUGGUCUUUCUGCUGGG